CUGCAACGCUUCAAUCAAGCAAUCAACCAUUCUCAUACCAUACACGCGUCUAUCCAUUAGCUUGGCCCGGACGAAAUAGGAAAGCCUAUUAUCUUGAUUCGACAGAACGAAUAAACAAAAAGAGAAAUCACCUUCACAAAACUUCACAAUGGCAGCUAUCCAGCUCAACUUCUCGCUACGAACCAGCAGCGGCUGCAAGACCGUACAUCUCCUCGGCUCAUGGGACAACUAUGCCGGACAACUCCCUCUGUCCAAGGACCCCAAGAAGAGCGGCGGAUGGUUGGGAAGCUUCAAAUUCCAGAGCAGCAUGUUGAAACAAGGCCAAAGAUACUGGUACUAUUACAUCAUCGACGGGUACCACGUCUCCCAUGACCCAGCCAAAGACCACACCACUGAACCCACGACUGGUCGCAAGCUCAACAUCCUCGACAUUCCCAGCAAAUCCAAGUCUUCCUCGCACUCGAGCUCCCGCUCGUCUUCCAACCGCCACGAGCGCCGCGUCAGCUCCGCCUCCGUUGCAAAGGGCCGCUCUCUCUCCCCUUCCAAGAUCAUCGCACCCAAGCCGGAACGCCCGCACCAAACCCGCCAGGUCAUCAACACGCAAUACGAUAAAGCGACCCUUGAAGCCCUCUCCACGCGAUUCGCCAGGCACACCAUCAGCCCCGCCUCGAGCGCCACCAGCAUUUCCGAAGACGACGAGUCCGACUACGACUCCGAUGACUCUGGCUCAGACGUCCCGUCCCUCACGUCUCGCUCCACCAACUCGUCAUCGCCCUCGUCCGUCAGCUCAAACAGUAGCUGCUGCACGUGCGAACGCUACGGCAUCACCCGCUCUGGCGACCGCGUCCGCCUCGACUGCGGCGGCGCCAGAUGCGGCUACAGCGACGACUCUUCCGAAUGCUCCUCCGAAGACGAGUACAUCUACGAGGAGAAGACCACCCGUCGCCAAGGUGUCGUCAUCCGCCACUGAGUACCGUUGCCCUGUCAUUUGUAAUUUUUUGUGCUCAAUACCCAAAGACUCUCUUUUUCGCUUCUUUCUGUCUAUAUUUUCAACGAUGACGAUUUUUUUCAAAUUUUCCUAUUUCUCUUUUUUAGUGUUUGUUACAACUACUACCACGACGGUCAUGACUAUGAUACCACACUCACUCGCUCUCUCACACAGAGGAGAUGAAACAUAUUUGGAUUUGAAAUGGAUGGAUGGACGAACAUCCAGAGGCAGGAAGAAUAAAGUGUUGGCUUUUUUGCGCCUUUUGGCAAUCCGCACCCAUGUAUGUAGACAAACACACUGGAACAAUUAUACUACGAAAUCCGAGCAUGGCUCGUGCGAUG